CAUCGAUGGGUAUUUUAUCCCAUCGCUGGGUGAAGGACUUUUAUCAAAAAAAAUUUUAUCUCAUCGCUGGGUGAAGCGUCUUCUACUCUACAUCCUCACCCGGAUUCUUCGCCCCCGGGACAGUAGCCACACGUGCCUCUUCAACGAGGAUCUCAAGGCCGUUCAUGCUAUCACCCAUGGCGCCUCGAUCAAUUGGGCGAAAUACGUCAUGAUUCACAUGGCGUAUUGCGCCUCCAUCACCAACGAGCGGAGCUUGCCAUACGCCUUUCUCGUCAUGGACCUCAUCGUCUCCGCCGACAUCCAAAUCGCCGGCCCGGAUACAAAGAUGACGAAGAUUUGGAUCAUCCAAGAUAGCACCUUCCGGAAGAAGUCUGGAGACCAAGACGGCGCCGGACCAAGUCGCGCCCGUGCACCAGCCCGUGCCCCUGCCCCCACUCCCGCCCGGACCUCGUUGCAAUCCAUAGCCGAUACUCUGAAUCGGCUAACCCUCACAGUGGAUGGCAUGGGGCAGUCAAUCGAGCGGAUGGAUUGGACGCUGCAACGUCAACACCAUGACAUGACGGCGUUCUUCCGCGGCAUCAACUACGUCCCGCCUCCCUUUGACAGCACCAUCCUCGGCCAGAACUAUGAAGGCGAGGACGAGGAGGAUGACUCCUAUGCUCCGUCUUCCUCCCCCGACGAGGCCGACUUUGAGGACGCGGUCGACGGGGAUCCCAUGGACGUCGAGGACGACGAAGAAGACGAUGACGUCGAGGACGAGGACGCCGAUGCCUAGACUCUUCUUUUCUUUCCUUUUCCUACUAUGAUUGCACUUCUUUUACUUCCAUUCCGUUGUAUUCCGCAUUUUCCCUCAUUUUAAUAAAAGUUCACUUUUAAAUUCUAAAGUUUACUUUAAUUCUUUUUGUUAAUGUCAAAAGGGGGAAGAUAUCAAGGUUAUGCAUAAAUUGAGGGGGAAUUC